AUGAGACUCUCCACAGGGCUAACGGUCCUAACGGGGUGCAUCUUGGUUCUCUCAUCAGCAUGUGAUGGCUGCGGUCCAGGCAGAGGUUACGGGAAGAGAAGGCCUCCGAGAAAACUUACACCCUUAGCCUAUAAGCAAUUUAGCCCAAAAGUUGCCGAGAAAUCUUUGGGUGCGAGUGGAAGAUACGAGGGUAAAAUCAUUCGGAAUUCUGAGCGUUUCAAAGAACUGACACCCAACUACAAUCCCGACAUCAUCUUCAAGGAUGAGGAGAACACAGGUGCAGAUCGGAUGAUGACACAGCGCUGUAAGGAUAAGCUGAACUCUCUAGCCAUCUCAGUAAUGAACUUAUGGCCUGGGGUGCGUCUGCGAGUGACUGAGGGCUGGGAUGAGGAUGGCCAUCACUCUGAGGAGUCUCUGCACUACGAGGGCAGAGCAGUGGACAUCACCACUUCAGACCGUGAUCGUAACAAAUACGCCAUGCUGGCACGGCUAGCUGUAGAGGCUGGCUUUGACUGGGUGUACUACGAGUCUAAAGGACACAUCCACUGCAGUGUCAAGUCAGAACACUCUUUGGCAGCUAAGACUGGGGGCUGCUUUCCAGGCAGGGCAUGGGUGACCCUGGAAAAUGGGUGCCGGAAGCCAAUCCGUGACUUGCAGGCUGGUAAUCGCAUCCUUGCAUCAACAGAGAGAGACAGCAGUGGCAAUCUCAUCUACAGUGAGGUCCUCACUUUCCUGGACCGUGACCCCAUGACCCAGAAACAUUUCUAUGUGAUUAGUACACAGAAUGGGGCUACUGUCUCCCUGACUGCAGCCCAUUUGCUCUUUGUGUGGGAAGGAAACUGUACUGGGGCUAGCCAGCCAGCAGAGGGCACCAUGCGGACAAUAUUUGCCAGUGAUGCCCAUCCAGGACAGUGUGUAUUGACUAUAGGGGAUAAGGGAUUGCCAAAGGGGCGACUCUCCCGCAUCAUCAAAAAACGUGUGUGGGAGGAUCGGGGUGCGUAUGCUCCACUCACUGCCCACGGAACCCUGGUGGUGAAUGGGGUGAUGACUUCCUGUUAUGCUGCAGUGGAAACACAUCAGCUUGCUCACUGGGCCUUUGGCCCACUGCGCAUGCUGUACAGCUGGACUGGGCCAAAGCAACUCCAAGGGCUACACUGGUAUGCUCAUACGUUACAGUGGGUGGGAAAAUUGCUUCUGGCCUCAGAACUCUUUCACCCUUGGGCACUGGAGAACACUGAGAGAUGA